GUCUCGAUCUUAUCGUCGUUUAAGUUCUCGCGUGUCGUCAUGAGAAUGCGAGUUGCGCGUACGACGUGCGCGACGGCAUUCGCAAUCCAGGAUCGCACAUAGGCAGGCCGUAGAUAGAGCGAGAGUGGGGCAGCGGAUGAUAAUGAUGGCCGCCACCAGCGAUGAACGGAGUGUUAUGGAACCUGGGCGAAGGAAUUCGGGGCAGAGCGAGCCCGUGGAUCGGCUAAAGCUGCUCUAUCCGAUGGUGAACGAAGAGGAAACACCGCUGCCGCGUUCCUGGAGCACGAGAGACAAGUACAACUACAUAGGCCUGUCGCAAAAUAAUCUCCGCGUUCACUACAAAGUGAGUCGGGGCCGCGUUCUUUCCCCAGGUUACGGCAAAACUCACAAAGACGCUGCCAGCGUUCGCACAACGCACGCAAUACCGGCCGCCUGCGGCUUGUAUUACUUCGAGGUGAAGAUCGUGAGCAAAGGACGCGAUGGUUACAUGGGCAUUGGCCUCUCGGCGCGCGACGUCAAUGUAAAUAGAUUACCAGGCUGGGACAAGCACUCAUACGGUUAUCACGGUGACGACGGUCACAGUUUCUGCUCAAGCGGCACCGGGCAACCUUACGGGCCGACCUUCACCACCGGUGACGUGAUCGGCUGCGGCGUUAAUCUCGUUGACAACACCGCCUUCUACACGAAAAAUGGUCAUCAUUUGGGCAUUGCCUUCACGGAUCUUCCCACCAAUCUCUUUCCAACGGUCGGUCUACAGACUCCAGGUGAAGUGGUGGAUGCCAACUUUGGACAGUUGCCGUUUGUCUUCGACAUCGGGGACAUGAUCAACGAACUGCGUGUACGAACGAGAUUACAGAUCAUAAACUAUCCCACGCCAGACCAUGGCCAGGGCCAGUGGCAGGCAAUCCUUCACAGAAUGGUGUGUACGUAUCUCGUCCAUCAUGGGUACCUCGACAGCGCCGAGGCAUUCGCCAGCAGCACGGGUCAGGUGUUCGAGGAGGACUACAGCUCCAUUAAAAAUCGACAAAGGAUUAUAAAGCUGGUAUUAUCCGGUCGCGUGGGCGAGGCGAUAGAAGUGACCAAUCGAUUAUACCCCGGUUUGCUUGAUCGGGAUCCGAACCUGUUGUUCGCACUCAAGUGCCGCCAAUUCGUGGAAAUGGUGAACGGAAGUGAUUCGGAGGUCUGUCAGAAUGGCAGUCCAAAUCAGACCAGUGUAAUACAAUCGACCAAAGCGUAUGCGAAGUCUGCGACCGGUACCGUGGAAGAGAUGAAUAUCAAUAACGCGAUGAACGGCACCAGCGGUCCGCAGUUUGUCAACGGUCAGAUAGAGGAUGAUGUAGACAUGGAGGAGAGCGGUGUCAACGCUGUGAACGGUAUCAAGAACAGUAAUGGGUAUCAGAAUGGUAAUCUGGGCUCGAAUGGGUACAAGUGUCAAAAUGGGGAGGAUGUAGAUAUGGAAAUCGACAACAGUGCCAAUCAAAGUCAGCAGCAAAGCAGCAACAUUACUGAUAGUGCGACAAGUAAAAGUAACAAGAAGCAAUUGUGCGGCGGUAACAAACAGGCAAUCGAGAAAAUGUUGGAGUUUGGCAGGCAAUUGUACUCACAAUCGAUGCAUCUGAGACAGCAGUACGGAAAGAAUGACAGCAAUAAAAAGAUGUUGCAAGACGCUUUCAGUCUAUUGGCAUAUUCUAAUCCAUGGAAUUCACCUGUCGGCUGGCAACUCAACCCGCAGGAGAGGGAAACAGUUUGCCAAAGGCUGAAUUCUGCUCUUCUCGAAUCUAGUAACUUACCCCGUCGGCCACCAUUGGAAGUCGCGGCAUCCCAUACAAGAGAUCUUGUCCGCGCGAUGUCGACUGCCAACUUAGGGGCUUGCGGAUUUGCAGUAGUAGAUAAUAUUAUCCAAUAUUGACGGUGCCUACCUCUGCUACCACGUCCGCCUCUUCUACCAGCGCGAGUAUGGUAUGGAAACUCCAUACAAAGAAAAAUUAAGGAUGCGGAGGCGGAACGUGGAGCAGAUUGUUCUGUUAACGCAGCAACAUCGCGAUGUCGCGUGCCUCUUCAGCUAGAGCAGCCGGAUUCGUCGGUGCCUUGGCUCGAUCUCACACCACAGACACGAACAUGCAAGAUGAACGCUCAGACCUGCCAACAAAAAUGACACCUCAUCAAAUUGUAGCUUAAAUCGGGGAUGGACGGUGGGAUUACUAUGCCGACCAAGAGCGAGAAACGGCAGUUUACGAUGAUGCUGAUCCCCCGUUCCCGGCGAUCGGCCAUAUCUCGGCCGACCACAUCAAGUUUUUGACAUUGUUGUGACUAUUUAUAUAAUUUUCUGUAUCCUCCUUUAUUUUUCUCCCCUUUGUACUUUCUUUUGUUUUUUUAUCCGACAACGGUUUAUCUUGGUUCGCGAACCUCUCGGUCGUUUAAUCGCGGUUAGUGCGUUAUCCCAACAUACGCGUGACAAUAUGGGCAUGUCGUCACGCGAAUAUCUCAAACCGCGAUAAUUCGAGCGUCGUCAGUUUAGUAGACGCAAGUAUUGUGCAAUACGACGGUUUCAUGAUACGAGAACACGUUACUGGUGAUAAAACGGAAUGUACAGUCAAAGUCACUCCGCGCAAAAUGACGUUUCUGUAAGAAAUGUUGUCCUUAUCGCCAUCAAGUGAAAAUGAGCUUGCGUACCUUUCAGCGCAUGAGAGUAACGCGUAAUCUCAAAUUUAUUUGCAUUUAAAUACGGGUUGUCUGUAUUAAAGUAUAUUCAAUAAUGGAAAAUCUAUCGAACAUUCAACCUGAUUAGAUGCAUUAGCCAAAUUCGGAUAAUGGAAGAGAAUAACAAAUAGGACGCGUAUUGUUAUACAUUGCGUCUCAUUCGCUUCGGAGAAAUUGAGUCGUGUUUAUUUUACGCAUUCGCAUUGGCUUAACAAUUUUUUAACUUAACUUUCGUACAUCCUAAUGAUAAAAUAUUACUUGUUUCAUUUUGACGAAUCGGCGCGACGAUUUCUUUUUGUAAUUCGGUUUUCUAAUUAUUCUGGGAGCGGCGGAAGCAUGUUCAUUUUAGAGAUGGACGACAUCUUACGUUUAUAUAAAUAGUUGCGAAAAACAAAAAAAACCUGUAAACUUAACUAAGAAGCGAUCUUGUACUCUAUACUAAGUAAUUGUUUUUUAUAUGCGACAUAGUAUAUUAUUAUAUUAUAUAUUAUUAAAGAGUAAAAAAAACGAGAGAGAGAAGAAAAAUCGCAAAUAAGAAAAUCGUAUGCAGCUAGGCGUGCGUUUAAAUACAAUAAUUUACUAUAUAUACACGAAAAAAAUCAUAUUAAUUAAAAUAGAAUUACCCGAAUCAAAUGAUUUUUAGUGUUAUUGUUUUGUGUACUAUAUAGAUAUAGCUAUAAUACGAAUAUGUGCGAAUACAGCAUGGAUUUGGCUGAAUUUGAUAAAUUCAGCCAAAUGAUUUGAUAAAUCAUUUUAUUUCGUCGCACAUGUUGUUAUCGCGAUUAUCCCGCCAGGACCUUUAUAUAAAUUCACCUACGAUAUAUUGUUCGACUGAUCAGAAAUUGAUUUCGGGAAUAAUCGUCAUUGUUACUUCGAGAUUUGUUAAAAUUUCCGUUUUGUUGAUUUGACCGGCGCAACAAAUUGAUAGCCUACUCAUUCUUGUACAUCGGAUCACAUUGGCCGGCGCGGUGAUGAUCACAAUUUAGCCGAAUCAUUGAGAUGUGCUCAGUAGAUCGUCGAUGUUCUUGUCCCUGGAGACGUUUUCGUUCGCGCCCUUCCGGUGAUUGGCUCCCGAAUGUCAUUUUGCCCCUAGCCUGCCUUCUAAGUCUUUCGACACGAUACUUUCAAAAUGCAUAUAUAUUUUAGGUAAUAAAGAUACAUUGUAAUAUACAUAUAUAUUUGUGCCUAUCUAAUGUAACUUUAUUUGCGUCUUCGUUCAAUUAACACUCGCGCGAACAUGUAUAUACGUGCAUUUACGCAUACGUUUGAUACGAAUCGUAUACACCUGCUUUCGUUUCUCUCCUCGUCCAAAAUUCAUCAGCCUAGCGCGCCGAGGAAACCGCGUCGCAUUGUAUCCCCGCAUCGAUGAGAAAAGCAGGAGGAAUAUGAUACACGUAUUCUCCUCCUUUUUCAUAAUGAGAGCACGAUGAUGCAUAUACGUGUGUAGAGUAUGCACCAACUACGUCGAUCGUCGAAGGAUAGUAAAUGUUCACUCGGAAAAGAUUUCUCCUCGUGAUCUUCUCACUCAAACGAUUCGUGCACAAAAAAAUGUAACUAGCGUAUACAGAAGGUGACCUGUUUAAGUAGAGAGGCAGUAAACACUCCUUUUCGCUUUUAUCUUUAACUUUGAGGGACUACUCGCACUUCAACGCGCUCGCACACGCACGCACGCGCAUAAUUUCCGGUAACGCCAACGAUAUUCUAGUCAAUCUCGAAGGUAUUUUGUUCUCAUACAUUGAUGGAGAUAUAUAUAUAUCACGGCAAAUCAAAUCGCGUAUUUUUAUACUGUGGUGUUUAACUUUUAUCCGGGAAGUCUAUUUUUUAAAGGCAUAAAAACGGGUAACGCUAUUUUUUCCGUAAGAGAGAGUCCUACAAAAAUAUAUUAUACACAUAUAAAUAUAUAUUUGUGUCUUUAUACUAUCAUAAAGAUCACAUGUAAUCUUAUGAAGCUAGAAAUGUAUUUUAGAAAAAGUAGCUUUAAAUUUCGAGGAAUUGAGAGAAAGAUUUAGCUUGUCCGGAUACGAGAGUUACAAAUGUUGUUCAAUUAAUUUAUAUAGAUACAGACAGAUAUGUAACAAUUCACGAUUAUAAUAUUCUUUGUUUCGCAUUUCCAUAUAAAAAAGAUCAAUAUUCACGGUAUAUACGUCUUGCAAUACCCUUUUGUUACGUACGUGCGCGCGUGCGUGUGGUAUGCACAUCAGUAAAAAAAAAUAUAUAUAUCUAUACUAUGCUUUUUUAUAUAUGACGAAAUAUAAUUGUAGUUUAUGUAUGCGAGAGUCAAGUAUAUCUCUCUCUUGAAUCCAGUUUUAAGACGGGCGAACACAGUAUGGCGACAGCCAUCGAAUUAGUUGUUUCUAACACGCUCUGAGUACGUUGAAACAUAUUUUAACAAUAGAAAUGUUAUUUUUAUACGUGUACGAUGUAGUUAUAUUAAAUGAGCUGUGUGGCGUCAGGUGUGUAACGAAAUCGUGACAUGUUAGUAGAAACAUUAACACUCUGUCGUCGCUAUAUAAGUUUUCCGCGUAGGGAAUAUGUGUACAGGGUGAUUCAAGCGAAACACUCUGUAUUGUGAAUAAAAAAAAAAAAAAAGAAACCAAAUCGAAAGUUCAUACUGUUAACAAGUUUUUAGCAAUACUUUGUAAUAACGAGAAAAAAAAAAAAAAGAAGAAGAAAUGCGAAAUAUAUAAAUAAUAAAAGCAACGACGUUCUGCAAACAGCGAUGUGAUGCUGCCGUGCAUCUUUUUCUUUUUAUUCUUAUCAGCGCUAAACGUCUAUUAUAUAUAUAUUUUUUUUCACAAAGCUUUCGAAGAUGCGAAUCCUCGGCAAUCGCGGCGAGCUUCGAAGCACGAAGGUGUAUCGGCUAUGAGCUUUCGAUUCCGAUUACUGUGGCAAAAACGCUUCUAUCUGAUAUUUCAAGAAAUUCUCGAGUGUAUGAAACAUACACAAGUAUGUAUGUAUAUGUAAAUAUAAGCAAAGGUACACACGCGAGCAAUUUGACGGCACGGCGCUUUCUAAACAGGGAUCGAAGUCGAUGUAAUCUCGAUGGCAAGCUGAGAGCAUGUGAUGUUAUCAUCGCCUGAUUCGUGAUUUUUAACAAUCGAACAUUGGCUUGAAUACUAGAUUGGUAUAAAUUGACAUUUUUUUUUUCUCGUUUAAAUGAGACACGAGAGAGAUUGCGGAUUAUUGGCAGCCGAUUCGAUUUGAAAGUUUGACGACGUUUGGUCCCUGCUUCGAACCAUGUGUAAUUAAGAUAAAGCAAUCGAUUUACUAGCCAGAAGAAUUUUGAUCGAGAGUAUCGUAUAUGAUGUCUGUGCGCGUGCACGCGGAAUACAAAUCUGAAAAAGAUUUGUCGUACAAUUUUAUUGUGUAACCAGCAUUUUUAAUCCGCAAUUAUAUUCAAUACUACUUACGCUAUCAGCGAUUACGUUAUAAAGUCGUUACUCGGUAAUAAAGCAAGCUGUAUUCC